ACCUUUGGUGCGACAGAGCUGCAGGGAAUGAAAAAAUGGCGGAGCUCAGGAAAAUCUGUCCCGAGUCUUUGCCCAGCCGUGUCGGCUACACGCGGAAAACGUCGUUUCAAGGGCGGCUUUUCAUCUUUCUUUGUGCGCUUAUAGUGGAUUCCGGAGGAGCUACGACUCACUGGGUUGUCACGGAGGACGGGAAAAUUCAACAACAAGUGGACUCUCCUUUAAAUUUAAAACACCCACACGAUGUUGUGAUCUUGAUGAGGCAAGAAACUCGAGUGAACUACCUCAAGAAGUUGGAGAAGCAGCUAGUAGCACAGAAGAUUCAUAUUGAGGAGAAUGAAGACCGGGACACAGGUUUGGAGCAGCGGCACUACAAAGAAGAUGCAGAUUGUGUACUGGCYAAGGUGCCCCUGGGAGACCUAGAUCUGUAUGAUGGCACUUAUAUUUCUUUUGAAAGUAAAGACAUCAACCCUGAAGACUAUGUUGAUUCACGGUMCGCUCUGCCCCCAGAUCUAGAAAAGCCAGAUUGUGCAAAAGUCUUUGAACUACCUUAUAGUAUCCAUGCUUUCCAGCAUCUCAGGGGUGUACAGGAGAGAGGGAACCUGACCUCUCCACUUCUUUCUAAAGAUGAUCCCAUCUUUAGUUCGUUAUCUAAAAAGCUGGGCCGCAGCAUUGACGAGGUGGGCUAUCGCAUCUAUCAGAGCCUGCUGAGGAAUUCAUCUUCCUGGGUGCUGUACAACAUGGCAUCGUUUUACUGGCGAAUGAAAAAUGAGCCUCAGAGGGCAGUGGACUGUGUAGUGCGUGCUUUGCAUUUCUCUCCAAGGCAGCACAAGGAUGUGGCACUGAUCAACAUGGCCAACAUUCUGCACCGCGCCCACUUCUCAGCAGAUGCUGCAAUUCUCGCCCAUGCAGCUCUUGACCUAACCUCAGAUUUCUUCACCAGUCACUACACUUUGGGUAACAUUUAUGCCAUGCUUGGGGAAUACAACCACUCAGUGCUGUGCUAUGAGCAGGCACUGCAGGCCCAGCCAGGCUUUGAGCAGGCCCUGAGGAGGAAACAUGCUGUGCUCUGUCAGCAAAAACUGGAGCAGCGCCUGGAAGCCCAGCACAGAUCCCUGCAGCGGACACUGAACGAGCUGAAGGAGUAUCAGAAGCAACAUGACCACUACCUGCGCCAACAGGAGGCACUGGACAAACACAAGCUGCUGCAGGAAGAGCAGAUCCUGCGCAACAUUAUCCAUGAAACACAGAUGGCCAAAGAAGCUCAGCUUGGGAAUCAUCAGAUGUGCCGUCUUGGUCAACAGCAGCGCAGCCUCUACUGCCCCUUUGACCUGCCUGUGCGUUAUCACCGGGGUGACCUUUUCGAACAUGUCCAGUAUGUCCAAUUUGGGGAGGAUGUGUCUGUGGCUUCCAGUGUGGCACUUGUGUCAGAACGCAACUCGAACCAGACAGCAGCCAGCCCCAGACUCCAUCCAUCUGUGUCGGGAAAUCAGGACCCUGUUGCUGCCCUCUGGGGGAGCCAUCAAGAUUACACACAGGACAUACAGAAGAUCUUGUGGCCUCAGAGGACAGACUGUGUACAGAAGUACUCUACUGUACCUUCCGCUCACUUGCUGCCAACCUAUUACCUUUCACCUGAAACCCAGGGCCUCGGCCCAGUGGCAACUCUGCUCUAUGGCAGCAACGGCCCUUCCCAGGCUGUAGGUAUACCUGACUGUAGCCCUGUCCCCCAGCCGUACCCAGUCCUUCUGCCUGCUUCAUUAGACUGGCCCCUGGAAGAAAAUGAGCUUCCAGAUCCUUUCGCCUCUGAGGUAUUAGGGGUACGCAGUGGAGGAUUUACACUGGAGCAAAUUGGCAACAGAAUUGCUCACGCUAUGAAACAAACUACUAUACCUCGGUGGCAGGUCCACAAUGAGGCGGCUCUAUUUUGGCGGGCCAAAGGCAAUGGCAGCCGUGCCCUGCAGUGCCUGCGACAAGCGCUGAGUUCAGCGCCGCCAUCCCACCGCCACUUGCCUCUCACCAAUGCUGCUAACCUGCUGCUGCACCACGGCUUGACCACUCAAGCACAAACACUACUGGAGCAUGCCUUGGCACUCAAUGCAUCAGAGCCUCACACCCUGCUCAGCCUGGUGAGUGUGCAUUUGGCCCAGAGCAAUGUGACAGUUGCUCUGGCUUUGUUCCGCCACAUCCUGGAAUCGACCCUGUCCUCGUCCUCUUCCUUCUCUUUUGCUGGCUGUGAACAGUGUCGCACCAUCCUACCUCUGCUGCGAUGUCUUCAGUUCUACCCCUCCCUUUACAAUCUUUCCCACCGACAGUCUGGCUCACAGGGUGGUGUUAGUAUGUCUGAGGAAGAUCUAAGCAUACAGCUGGAGGAAUGGGAGGACAGCGAAGAGAAGCAGGAUACAGCUGCAGUUUCYGCCUUAGAAGAUACACUGCUCUUUGAGAAGGUCAUCUUGGAUAGUAAUGGUUCUGGCGAAGCAGCUGCACAGGAGCCCUCUAGCUCAGGAACAGCUAAAAUGACCCCAUCGUUAGGAGACGCAGGAGUGAAAAAAGAGGAGGAAUGGCAGCUGAAGGAGGAACUGAUGGGAGCAUUUGAAGGAGCUCUGGAUGUAGGAGGGAAACACGGAGACCUGAGAGGGAUCCGAGUGCUGAAGAAUGACCGUGUAAUGGGGGCUCGGGCAGGAAGUGGGCCAUGCUUUGGAAAUUGUGAAGAUGAUGAUGGAGCGGAGUGGAUUACCUUCCAGGUAAAGAGGGUCCGGAAACCUAAGGGGGACGGUUUAGAAAAUGUUGUCAUCUCUGAUGACAGCCAGACUGAGGAGUCAGUAUCUGCAGGGAACUCUGUCCUGGAGAUCAGUGGUCCGACUAUCCCAUCCCCUGGUCCCUCAGGGCGCUGGAGAGACUAUGCAAGCCUUGGUUGGCCAGGACCAGAGGAGUGCCAACGGACACGACGGGUUGACCUCACCACUGUAGCUAGUACCUGGCUGGCUGUUUCUGCAAAGAAUAUUGACAUCACCGAGCACAUAGACUUUGCCACUCCGCUCCAGGAGCCAGCGGCUGAACCUUUAUGCAAUGCCAACUUGGCUGCUAGCAUGCACACCCUGGACCACCUGGCAGGUGUAGCCAAUCGGGCCGCCAUUCACUACACUGGGGAGGGCCAACUGCGUGAGGUCCUGCAGAACCUUGGUAAAGAUAAGUUCUCCCCCCAGUCCUUUGAGCAGGUGGGCACACGUAUUGCAAAAGUACUGGAAAAGAAUCAAACAUCUUGGGUAUUAUCGAGUAUGGCUGCACUGUACUGGAGAGUAAAAGGCCAAGGCAAGAGAGCCAUCGACUGCCUGCGACAYGCCCUCAACCACGCUCCUCAUCACAUGAAGGAUGUUCCACUCAUCAGCCUGGCCAACAUCUUUCAGAAUGCUAGGUUAUGGGAGGAUGCUCUAACGGUGGCACGUAUGGCAGUAGAAAUCGCCCCUCAUUUUGUUGUAAACCACUUUACUCUCGCCAAUGUCUACAUCGCAAUGGAGGAGUUUGAAAARGCCAUGCACUGGUACGAGUCUACUUUGAAGCUGCAGCCGGAGUUCGCCCCCGCCAAAGAUCGACUGAGAACCAUCCAGUGUUACCUGCUCACCAAGAGGGAACGCCGUCAGCCCUGAAGCUCUCAGACUACUGACCCCAUGUGAUCAGAAAAUCAUCAGUUAAACCCUUAGACACACGCAGAGACAAACUCUUAUUAAAACCACAGGUGGUUUGCACUAAGUAAAAAUAAUGAAAGGGUAAAUUUACAAAAUAAGGAAGGUAUCGACAUUAAUACUUUGAAUUAAAAAAAAAGUAACUCAGUCCUCUGGACAGGUUCUUCUUUAAUGAAAUGUUUCUUUUCUCCAAGAGACCUCUUCAGUCUGAGAGGUUUCAGGCUUCAGACUGAAAACGUCUUCUGGAGGAGAGAAGAAACGUUUCAUUAAAGAAGAACCCGUCCAGAGGACUAACUUACUUUUGGUUUUUAUCUUUUUUUUUCUACCUGGAUUACUGAGAUGCAUCAGGACACUUUGUUGGAUUGGAAUUAUUUUCCCUUCGGGUGUUGAACCUGCCUCCUACCAUUGGGUUUGUAGUAUCAGAUUGCAAAGAUAAAUAAUUUUGUCCCAAAACUGCAAGACUUUCUGUUUACCAACAGUUAAGAAAUUUUGACAGUUAAAAAAAAUAUUUUUUUUGUGUCUAGGUUUGCUUGGCUUUCAGAACUGUAAGUGGGAURAAAAAAAUAACGCUUUUAAGCUCCAGGUAAUUUUAAUGUAAUUUAAUUUUAAUCUGGGCUGCUUAAAAGAAAUGAUCAUUCUUGAAAACAGAUUUCAACAAUAAUGACACACUACCACCUGAAGGUGGUGCCAUUUUUUAAAAAAUGUAAUUUAUUAAAGAUUUUAACCAAAAAGGAUCUUACACAGUAUUUGCGGAAGCUUUUUGCUGAGAUAGUAAAGUAAUACGCUUCUCCCCUCAGAAGUGAAAAUGAUUAUUUUCUCUCCGUUUGUGCUUCUUAAAAAUGAACGAGGAAUCUCAGUUAAUGCACUUUUUUUUCCUUUUAUCAUUCCUAUUUAUAUGGGACCUUCAAACUGAUUUUGCUACAAGCUAAUAUAAAUACAAAAAAAUUAUGCUAUAGCAUUUGCCUCUCAACACGUGGAAAUUGUUGAGCAGAAAAAGAUUUAUCAUUGAAAGUCAAAAAAAAAAUAAUAAAAUUAUAAAAUGUACAGUAUUAAAAAUGACGUGGAUUUCAUUUUGUUUUUGCAUCAGUUAUUUGUUGCUUUAGGAAAUUAAAACAGUGUUUGUACUUCCUGAAGAGAGACAACCUUUUAUUAUUUGGCCAUAAAGUUCUCAUCACAAACAGAAGCGUUAUUAUGAAAGUGUCCUGUUGGUGGCACUGUUUUGUUUUUUGUAGCCAAAAUGAAACUUGUUAAAAAUAUAUUUUUUCAAAGUA